CUCAGCAACUUUUUAAUAAAUCUCCCCCAAUGUCCAGGCUCCAAGCGCCAUAAGGUGACAUGACUGGACCAUAGGAUGAUGGCGCUCUCCCUACAUACAGUCCUGACCGUAUCCUAGUGUAGAGACGGCACAGUCCAGGAGAGGGCGCUCCACCUAACAGGGUGCAGCUACGUCCUGACCGUAUCCUAGUGUAGAGACGGCACAGUCCAGGAGAGGGCGCUCCACCUAACAGGGUGCAGCUACGUCCUGACCGUAUCCUAGUGUAGAGACGGCACAGUCCAGGAGAGGGCGCUCCACCUAACAGGGUGCAGCUACGUCCUGACCGUAUCCUAGUGUAGAGACGGCACAGUCCAGGAGAGGGCGCUCCACCUAACAGGCUGCAGCUACCUGGGAGAGCGCGCAGUUACAAGCCUCAUCACUAGGGGCCGCUGGAUCCCCGUCACCAGGCGCUAGCGUGAAAUCUCGCGAGACUCCAUGAGUCAGCGGGCCCGGCCGGUGUCCCUUUCAUUGUUGUUUUGAUCCAGUGUAGUGCCUGCUCCAAUGAUGCUGCGGCUCCGCUGUAAGACCCGGGAGGGCACUCACCUUCUGCAGGGGCUGAGCGACCUCUCCAGUGUUCGGGAGCUGAAGGAGCAGAUAGCCGGGGUGACCGGGAUCUCGGGGCCCACUCAGCGAGUCAUGGUGGGGUACCCCCCGGCCAGUCUGGACCUCAGUGAUGGGGAUGCCACCCUCCGAGACAUGCCAAUCAAAUCAGGUGACACUCUUAUUGUGGAGGAAGAUAAAAGCAAACCUACAUCUGCCUCAAUACAUAGUAUCAAUGAUCGAACCAUAUCAAAAAGUCCACAGAUUGUCAGAAGAGUAGUACCAGCCGACAAUUCGUGUCUCUUCACCAGUGUGUAUUACGUGGUAGAAGGCGGUGUAUAUGACCCGGCCUGUGCACCAGAAAUGCGCAGUUUAAUAGCUGAGAUAGUGGCCAGUGAUCCCACAAGUUACAGCGAAGCGGUUCUGGGUAAAAGCAAUGAAGAGUAUUGUGCCUGGAUCCGCAGAGAGGACACCUGGGGAGGUGCCAUAGAAGUAUCAAUACUUUCCAAAUUUUAUCAGUGUGAAAUCUGCGUUGUGGAUACCCAGACAGUGAGGAUUGACCGGUUCGGUGAAGAUGCUGGCUACAGUAGAAGAGUUCUGCUGAUUUAUGAUGGGAUUCACUAUGACCCCUUGCAGCGACAGUUUCCAGAUUCGGACAUGCCACCUAUGACUAUUUUUCCCACCUCUGAUGAUGAGGCAUUGGUGCAGGCUUUAGAGCUUGCCGAUGAUGCCAGAAGAAAGAGGCAGUUUACAGAUGUUAACAGAUUUGCCUUGCGCUGUAUGGUUUGCCAAAAAGGUUUAACUGGACAGUCAGCGGCAAGAGAUCAUGCCAAGGAAACAGGCCAUACUAACUUUGGGGAGGUGUAACAACACCUCUGCUCUGUACAAUUGGUGGAAGCUACCUCACGUGUCUGAACCCAGGUUACAGAAAGCAAGUUUGUCCUUUUCUCUGCUUUGUUCUUGGGUCGGAAAGCAGUAAAACAUUCAACUUCACCGGUUACUUUGUUGUGCAGUUGUGAGCAUCAUAUCCUCCCUUUGCAUUCCGUAUUCUGCAGGAGUCCACUGAAAUGCCUGGGACCCAGAUCAGUAUUUCGGGGCCCAGUCCUUGAGCUUUGUACCUACAAGUGACUAUUUCCAAGCAGGUGUUAUUUAUUAUUUUUCAAUGUUGCAUGUUUAAAUUAUAAUCUUCUAUUCUAACCGUAGCACCCAUUAUGUGAUACACAGAAUUCACUUGCCUAAGGCAGCUGCAUGCAAGUGUUUAAGCAUUAGAAUACACUAUGUCUUACCGGACACCUUCUUAACUUGCUGGACUCCCAUCCAUUCAGGAAAUGAGUUCUGUUCUGUCAUAUUUGCUCUAGAUGAGCCUUUCUACCUUGUUACUUCAUCUAAGCCCAAUACACAUGCUGCAUCAAGUUACACUAUUUAGCUGGAAUUAAGUGCCGAUGCUGGGACAGGGAAGAACUGUGCUCCCAUGAUAUGUGUUUUAUAUGCACUCAUGCCUGAACUUUUUUUCUUUUCUUUCAAGUUUCACCAAUGCGAUCUCCAGGGACAGUCAUGUUACUUUUAUUAAUAAUAUGAAACUGUGACAAUCUAUAGGGUAUAGGGUGUGCAAAAGAAAAGUGCAGCAUUGGUAAUAGUAUUGACAUGAUUUCCUUUCAGACUAAUGCUCCCACUAGGGCUGGGCAGUAUGGGCAAAUAUAUGUAUCGCGGUAUUUUUGUAACUUAUGGCGGUUCCACGGUGCAUAGCGUUAUCCCCCCACCCCAUCCCCCCAAAUUAUCAGCCCAGCGGUGUCCCAAUCAGGGUACUACUCACAUGUCACCCGCAAGCGCUGCCUCCUGAUCCCUCUUUGUUUGUUGCGGCCGCCGGCGCUGACACUCUCUAUAAUGUACGGGAUCCCUAUUCCCGGGCUGCAAAAGGUAAACAAAAUAAACUAACGCAUGUUCCGACGUCGGCCUUGCGCUGGGGACGUGAA